UCGUGAGCGAGCGCCGCCACCCCCUCGUCUUCCUCCUUGCGCGAGCGCCUCCACGAACAGAUCCAGCCUUCAAUUCUCUCGUUCCCGACCGUUUCUGCUCCCAUCACCCAACGAACAGAUCCGUUUCAUCUCCUUAAUCUUCCCCAAUUCGCUGAGGCAAAAAUCAAGGUAGGGCGGCCGCCCUACCUUGCCCUACCGGGUCCUCCGCCCUUGUUGCUUGCGCCGCCGGCCUCGUCAACAAUGGGUGGGCGCACGGUGGAAUCCGACGAGGAAGAUUGCUCUGUGGAGGCCUACGUGGAGGAUCACCACCCGCGUAGGAGGGACGGGAACGAGGAUUUGGAAGACCGGGACGACAGCGACGAUGACGAUGACGAAGAGGAGGAUGGCCUCGAACCCUCGAUGAUGAGUACGAGAGGGAUGGCUUCAUUGUGGAUGAUGCUGACGAGGAGGAGGAGGAGGAAGAAGAGGAAGAGAGGGUCAGUGAUUAUGAGAGACGGAAGAAGAAAAGGAAAAAAAGAGAGCGAACCAGCGAAGCUUGAGGAGGAUGAGAUCAAGAUGCUCGAGGAGAAUAAUGACAUCAUGCAUGGAAACAAAUUUAAGCGCUUGAGGAAGGCAGGGAGAGAAUCUGAAUUGGAUGGCCCUUCAGGCUUCUCAGGUGUUGACGGGGCAGGAAAAAAGGCUAUUGCUGAGGAGAAACUUGAGUAUUCCUUGUUUGGUGAUCAAGAUCAGCCCCUUGAGGAUGUUCUGGAGGAGGAUCUGCAAUCAGAGGACGAUGAGGUUGGUGAAGAUGACAUCGACGAUGAAAUGGCGGGUUUCAUUGUAGACGAAGAUCAAGAAAUUGAUGGGAACGGCCAAGUUGUAAGAAGGAAGAAACUUAAAGGAAAGCCACUACGGCAAGCUGUAGGAAUAUCAUCAUCUGAACUGCAAGAGGCUCAUGAUAUGUUUGGUGAUGUUAUGAGCUUUUAGCACAAAGAAAGCAAGACCUUGAGAGUGAUCCUGCUAAUUCUGAUGAGUUGAGAGGGAACAUGCUCGAAGAUGAGUUCGAGCCAGCUAUUCUUGCAGAUAAGUACAUGACACCAAAAGAUGAUCAGAUUAGAGGAACUGAUGUACCUGAGAGGAUUCAGCUGUCUGAAGAAUUAACUGACGAUCCUCGAAGGGACAACACAAGGAUAGAGGAAGAAAGUGCAUGGAUACACAGCCAACUUACUGGUGAUGGAUUUCUGUCAUUUUUUGGCAAUGAGCAAGUAAACAGGGAGAUUGACCAAGAGGACAUUGUGAAUGUCUUGAGCAUGUUACAUGUGAACAAAUUUGAAGUUCUGUUCAUUGCUAUGCGAGUCUGCUAAAGGACAAUGAUGCCAAUGAACAUGAGAAUGAAGACGGGACAAGGAAAAUAAGGUGGCAUAAGCUGCUUUGGGCUGUUCAGACCUUAGACAGAAAGUGGCUUCUACUUCAGAAGCGAAAGAAUGCUUUGAAGGCGUACUAUGAAAAAAGAUUUGAUGAAGAGAAGAAAAGAAUAGAUGAUGAAUUAUCAAAUCGGCAACUUUGCUACUCUAUCAUUGAAUUAUUGAAGGAUGUUGAUGCGAAAUUCAAUUCACAUUUCCCUCCUGGUGAAGUUGGAGAAUUUAAGCGACCAAAAAGGAAAACCUUGUACAGCAUUUGCCACAAGGCAGGGUUUUGGGAGGUUGCUAACCAAUUUGGCCGGAGUGCUGAGCAAUUAGGCCAUCAUCUAACGUUAACGAGGAUACCAGAAGCUGGCGAGCUUGACGGCAUGAAAGGUUCACCUGAAGAGGUUGCUGCAAAUUUCACAAGUGCUAUUUUUGAAACACCGCAAGAUGUUCUCCGGGGUGCCAGGGACAUGCAGUUGAGAUCAGUUGUGAGCCUGUUGUAAGAAAGCAUAUCAGGAGCAUCUUCAUGAAUAAAGCUGUUGUCUCAACAAGCCCCACACCUGAGGGAAAUUUGAUCAGAGAUCCAAAUCACCAACUAUCAAGUGUUAAGUGGCUGCGAGAUAAACCACUAAACAAGUUUGUAGAUGCACAGUGGCUUCUUAUUCAGAAAGCAGAGGAAGAAAAGCUCCUCAAGGUUACCGUUUGAUUACCAGAGGAUGUGGAAAAAGAGCUCAUGUCCGAGGCUCGCGAGAACUAUCUAAGUGACUGUGUCAGCAAGUCUGCACAAAUGUGGGAUGAACAACAGAAGAUGAUACUGGAUGACGCCUUCUUCAGUUUACUUCUUCCAUCAAUGGAAAAAGAAGCUCGAUUUAUGUUGACGGCAAAUGCGAAAAAUUGGCUCCAUAUGGAAUAUGGUAAACAGUUCUGGAACAAGAUUUCUGUUGCUAGUGAGAUUGAAAUUUGCUUGGGCGAUGGAAAAUUUCUUUCACCCUCCCUAAUUUCCAGUUGCGCCGCCCUCUGCUCCUCCAUCGAACUCGUCGAUGCUGCCGUAGCAGUCGCCGUUGUCGUUUCCGUCAAUGCCACCGAUGCCGGGCUAAAGUGGGAUCAAUGGCAAGGGAAGCGACUCUAUCAUGUCCUAGCCCCGAGGCGAUGAGAGCAUAUCCUUCACAGGGAGACGUCUAGGAGAGCAUCUUGUGAAUUUGGAGUUUUUGAUGGACCAAAUGCUAAGGCUAGAAUUUGAACUUGAAGUGAAGGUGGAAGAACAUAAGAAGCAGCAACAUAAGAUAAAGAGGAAGAAUAAGGAGCCGAAGCAAGAGGUGGAGAAGAUCCCGAGAAUGUACGUGACAGCACCGAGUGUUGCAAUCUCACUAGCAUUUGCGAUGGCGAGGGAGCAGAAGGGUCCGCGAUGGUGGAGGUCAGAGAUGUGGAUGGCAGGAGCAGAAGGGGUUGUCUUUUAUGUUGGCGACUUAUCAUGGAAGUGCUUAAAUUCAUUUUCAGAUCCCCAUUCUGCUGAUUUAUGUCAAAUAAGUGGUUCAGGCAUUUGCUAUUGGGUUGACUUUUAUGUUGGCGACUUAUCAUGAUAGAUGCAUAAAGCACCAUGAUCUGUUACAAGUUCUUUGCUGUACGACUUUGAUGGUUUACAUAGAGCCAAUACAAUCUUGCGAUUAAUUGUGAGGACAAACCGACAAUCUUGUAAUUUUUUCAUUUUCCUUUCCUGUUAAACCUUCUUGGUUAUCAUUGUACAGAACUGUUUUGGACUUUUUUUAAUAUAUUAAUUGCAGUA